AGAAGAAGACGGGUCUCUGCGCGUGCUCCGCUCCGCGCUGCUCUCGCGGGGUGUACUGGGUAGUGAUGGCUGCGCCCGUGAGCGGAGAGAGCGGCUCUGGAGCCCGCGGUGACUCCGGCAGCGGAGCCCCGGGGGCGGAGAGCGGGGAGUUCUGCCCGGGGUUUAGAGAUGUGGACGCGUUUGUGAAGCACGGACUGGGCACGGUGGUCUCCGCCACCAAGGCGGCCGGGGGUCUCCCUCAGCCCGGAGACGAGUUCGACUUCUACAGGAGUUUUCCUGGGUUUCAGGAUUUCUGUGCUGUUCAGGGAGAGCGACUCUUACACUGUAUGAGUCAGCUGAUGAAGCACCACGGCUGCAGAUCACACAUAAAUGACAAAAACAAAUUGACGGGACUGGAGGAGCGCUUUGAUCUGGUCGUUGAGUCCAAUGAUGUCAUCCUGGAGAAAGUGGGAAUUAUGCUGGAUGAGGCUUCUGGAGUGACUCGCUCUCAGCCCGUGAUGCCUGCUGGCUAUCAGCCUCCCAAAAUUGUUGUGUCUAGUUGGAAUCGCAAGGGUGGGAAUCGCAGCACUGAAACCUUCCAUCUUCUUCAUGCCAAGAACAUUCAGAGACCUCAGCUGAAGUUCAAGGAUAAAGUGGACAACAGCAACACGCCUUUUAUCCCCAAAAUCUCCGUCAAACCCAAUGCCGUAAAGCCGCUGUCUUCAUAUUUCACAAACAAACAGCUGCGGAAUGAGAGACCCGAGGAUCUGGAUGUGCCUCCAGCACUGGCUGACUUUAUCCACCAGCUGAGAACUCAAGAGCACAUGGAUGACAUGUUCUCUCACCCUUACCAGCAUGAGCUGGACCACCUGGUCAUGUCAGAGAGCUUGAGGAUUAAACCUGAACCUCAGAUUUAUAAACCUCUGGAAGAAACAAGCUGCAAGUUCAUCGACACAUUAGAGGAUCUGGUUGACUUGAAUGAAAAGCUGACCAGGAGCAAGGAGUUCGCUGUGGACCUUGAGCACCAUUCCUACAGGAGUUUCCUGGGAAUCACUUGUUUGAUGCAGAUCUCCACGAGGGAGGAGGAUUUCAUUAUUGAUACUCUGGAGCUUCGCAGUGAGAUGUACAUUCUUAAUGAAAGCUUCACAGAUCCCUCCAUUGUGAAGGUUUUCCAUGGAGCUGACUCAGACAUUGAAUGGCUUCAGAAAGAUUUUGGUGUCUAUGUGGUCAACAUGUUUGAUACCCACCACGCUGCUCGCUCCCUGAACCUUGGCAGGAACUCGUUGGACCAUCUCCUCAAACUCUACUGCAACGUGGACUCGAAUAAGCGCUACCAGCUUGCUGACUGGAGAAUACGACCCUUACCAGAAGAAAUGCUGGCUUAUGCCCAGGCUGAUACCCAUUACCUGCUGUAUGUGUAUGAUCGACUCAGAGCUGACCUGUGUGAUGCAGCUAAUGGACAGUCUAACUUGAUACACUUGGUCUGGUCCAAAAGCAAAGAUCUCUGCCUCAAGAAAUAUGUAAAGCCCAUCUUCACUGAGGAAUCUUAUAUGGAGCUUUAUAGAAGACAGAAGAAAAGCUUCAACAGUCAGCAGCUGGCUGCCUUCCGUCUGCUCUAUGCCUGGAGAGAUAAACUGGCUAGAUCAGAGGAUGAAAGCACUGGGUAUAUCUUGCCAAACCACAUGAUGAUGAAGAUCGCUGAGGAGCUGCCCAAGGAACCCCAGGGAAUCAUCGCAUGUUGUAAUCCCACUCCACCUCUAGUGCGGCAGCAGAUCAACGAACUUCAUCAGUUCAUCAAGCAAGCGAGGGAAAUCCCACUGCUCAAGGCCGAGGUUGCUGCUGAAAAGAAGAAAUCGAUGACCCCCAAAAGAAAGUCUGAAUCUACUUUGUUUGGACCCCAUGAUACCUCUCAUGUGUCUGAAAGUGACCUUAUGGAGCUUUCUUUUACUGAGAAGAGACCAAAAAAAAUCAAGUAUUCCCGGGAAAAACUUCUGUUCCUCCGGAAUUCUGCACACAGCAACAUGCUGCCAUCUGUCCAAAUCCCCGGUGAAAUCUACUGCAAGACAGAAUGGAAAGCAGAUACCAAAGUUGGAGUUCUUUUUACGGAGGAUGACGACACAAGUGGUCUCACAGCUUCUGCAAAAAUUACUUUAUUUGCGGAGGUAGAGGAAAUGGACAGCGGUCAUCUGACUGUGGCCCAGCAGAAAGCACACAGCAUCAUGGAAUCUUUUGAAAACCCUUUCCGGAUGUAUUUACCCUCAAAGGAUAUUCACAUAUCGAAAAAUGCUAAAUACGACCCUUCAUCAAAGAUUUAUGAGAUUAGUAACCGUUGGAAGCUUCAGAGCAUUGAGCAGCAGAAGAAAGAGGCUCAAGCUAAACAACAGGCCAAGCAGCAUGCUAAAGAGCAGGCCAAGAAAGCUAAAGAGGAACGUCAAAAGGCCAAAAAGAACUAUCAGGAGUCCCUGCAGGAUGUCAGUACUGUUAGGCAGCAAAUUGUGGAAUCGAAGCAGGUCGGGCAGAAGAGAGAGCGGGUUGCCAGUGAAGCUGGUGAAGAAAGUCUUAAACAAAACAAAAAAAUCAUGAAAACUGAUAAAGGGACACCCGCUGCAGUUCAGUCUCCUGCAGCUUCUAAGAAGAUCCAGAAGCAAGAGACUGAAGAAUCUAAACAGGACCAGUCUUCUGAAUUUACACCUUUCGACUACAGCCAAUCAGAUUUCAAAGUUUUUGCUGGGGGUAAACCCAAUGACUCCAAACACUUUGACCCAAACAGACAGUCUAAUGAAUUCAGACGGAAGAAAAACCCAAGAGGACACAGGCAGGGUCCUGGAGGCAGAGGCAUGCCUGCCAAGUCCGAAAGAGGAUUUCACCACAACUGGCCCAGGAGAUAGAAAUCUUCGCUGGACACUUGCCCUUUUAAGGGACCUUCUUCUGUCUAAAUUGUUGUUGUUUUUUCUUUCCUUUUUUAUGUGGGUCAUUUUAUUAAAUUAAUUAUGGCUUACAUGCUACAUGAUGCUGUACUAUAUGUUUUGAAAGAACUUUCAUUAAAUUGAAAUUUUAAAUGA